UAUCCAUCCCAGAAUGAUCGCUAUGGAGGAGCAGCAUCAGCAGGGCUCCAUGUCGACAUCAGCGCCGGCCGGGACGACAGCGGGACCAAGCAGCAGCUCUGCUGCAGGUGUUGGCAGCAACAGCUCUACAAACAGCAGGACAUCUAGCCCAGCUUCAACAGAUAAGGACUUUGAUCCAUCUGCUGAUAUGUUAAUUCACGACUUUGACGAUGAGAGGACGAUGGAGGAGGAGGAGAUGAACGAAUCGGAUACAAGUUGCCAAGAUGAACUUAACGAUCUACAAAAGGAAAGUGAUAUGCCACUAGAAGAAUUACUUAAUAUAUAUGGGUACAAGGAGGAGGAUGAAGAAGGAGAGUCGUCUCGUGAAGGAAGGUCUAGUUCAGAAGAAGAAAUACUCAGCAAUCAGGAUCUCACUUUAGACAAGGAUGAAGUUGCUAGGGACCUGCUAACGGACGAGGACCACGACAAAGAGACCAGCGUUAACGAAUUACUAAACAGCGUACCUGUCCACAACACAAGUCGGCUAUUGCGAUCAACGUUCGGCAGCAGCCAGACGUACCAGGAGCCUGGUUCAUCGUCGUCGGAGUCCGACGAUGAGGACUACCAGCCGACGGAGGGAGACUGGAAGAAGACAAUCCAGGUCGGCUCCUGCUUCCAGGCGCAGAUUCCAGAUGGGUUGUGCAAGUACGGAGAUGCGCCAGCGUACGAAAAUGAGGACAAGCUAUUAUGGGACCCCGUUGCCUUGGAGGAGAAACAGAUCGAGACGUAUCUGGCUCACGUUCAGGACCCGGAGAGCCCUCCGCAGGGCGGUGGCGGCGGCGCGCUGCCCGCGUGCACGCACGUGCGGGACGAUGAGCAGGCGCUCUACACGCUGCUGCAGUGCGCGCACAACCUGGAGGAAGCGCUGCGACGUCGCCGCAUGCAGCCCGUCCCGCCCACCGAGUUGUCUCUCGAAAAGUUCGUGCAUGGAGAUUCUAAGAGGGGUCAGGGAGAAGCGCAGGGCAGGGAGACGAUGCUUGAGUGGGAAGGACAAUCGAAAGACACGCUCAGUUUGUGGUCGGAGGAGGAGUGUCGACAUUUCGAAAAUGGCCUCCGGAUAUAUGGCAAGGAUUUCCAUGCGAUUCAACAGAACAAGGUACGAACUCGAUCCGUCGCCGAACUAGUGACAUUCUACUACCUGUGGAAGAAGACGGAGAGGCACGACAUGUUUGCGAACAAAGUGAGGCUGGAGAAGAAGAAGUACGCGCUACAUCCCGGCAUCACCGACUACAUGGACCGAUUCCUGGACGAACAGGAGAAUCCCGGAAUGCUCCAACGGGACUGCUCUGCCAGUCCCUCCCUGCACACGCUCGUCUACGGAAACCUCGAGAAAAACGCAGAGGGCGCCGCUGUCGAGCGGUCGGGCUCCGUCGCCGCCGCGCCGCAGCCCGACGUUCUCCUGCAGGAUUCCGCCGUCGGCUCGAGUCACAGCCAGGUGGCGCCGUCAGAGAUGGUCGACAGCAUCCGCAACAUAUCGCCGCAGGAGCUCACCGGCAUCAUCCACGACCUCGUGAAGUCGCAGUCGGGCGUCGUCGACUCCCCCGCCUUCGCCGCGGGGGCGCCGGCGUCCACCACGCCCGCCGGGGUGCACACGGCGUCGCCGACCAUCGUGACGUGCAGCGGCGAGAACUACGCGGCGCGCUUGCCAGGGGGCGCCCCCGUCGUUGUCGAUCACCGCGGCGAGGCGUACGAGCCCCCGGCGAAAAGGCCGCGCGUCGGCGGCGGCGGCGGUGGAGAGGUGCUGGACAAGAUUCAGGUGUCUGUGUCGUCGGUGUCGUCGUCGGAGCCGGCGUCGAGCAUGGUUAGCACGAGCGCGGUAGCGGCGGCGGCUGCGGGACUGUUCCCCGGAGCGGGGGCGGCGGCGGCGGCGGCCGGGUCGUCCCCCGUUGAGGCGCUAGUGCAGUGA